UUAGGUUAAAAAAUAUUCCCCACAUAUGAACCAAACAAAGAAACUAAAGACCUUAACAACUCCCACCUUUCAAACGCCACCUUUCGAAACGUUCAAAUUAACGAAAAUUUCGUUCCGCAUGAACGAGCCAAAGUAGCGCCACCAUGAGUAUAUAAAUAACCAAACCCAUGAAAUUUACAAGUCAGUUAACACAGACUUAUUCAACUCAAUAGUCAUACUAUCAAAAGCAUUAAAAAUCAACAUGUUGAAAAUCUUUUUAUUAGCUUUUAUCAUCUGUCACGUUCAUUCUUGGGGUGCAAGAUCAUGGACUGGAAGAGAUUGGCAAAGCAAUAGUGGAGGAAAUUGGGGUGGUCUAGGAUGGGGAAGAAAUGAUGGAGGUUGGGGAAAAAAUAAUGAUGGUGGUUGGGGAGGAAAUAAUGGUGGUUGGGGAGGAAAUAAUGGUGGUUGGGGAGGAAAUAAUGGUGGUUGGGGAGGAAAUAAUGGUGGUUGGAGAGGAAAUGAUGGUGGAUGGGACGAUGGUAAAAAUGAAUGGGCACCAGCAAAAUACGAAUUUAAUUAUGGAGUAGCCGAUGCAAAAACAGGGGAUAAAAAAGAACAAUCCGAAGAACGUGUUAAAGAUAGAGUAGUUGGACAAUAUUCAUUGGUGGAACCUGAUGGUACUAGGAGAAUUGUUAAAUACGAAGCUGACGAUAAAAAUGGAUUUAACGCGAAGGUAAUCCGUGAGGGCGAAGCUUGGCAUCCGGCUGGAAGACGCGAUUGGAAAGGAGAUGGGGAUGAUUGGGGUCGAGGUGGAAAAUGGUAAGGGUCAAAUCUGAUGGGAUUACAAGUAAAUUGAUAGAUAGGAUUACGAUUACUUCAUGUUGCCAUUUUCAUCUUUAUUAUUUUCUUAUCCUCUUUCACUGUAAUUAUUGUUCAUACUCCUCAUGUACUUAAUUGUGAGUGUUUAUGUAAUAUUUAAAUAGAUAUUUAUGAAGUAUAAU